AUCAUGUCAAGUAUGGAUAAUAACCCAAUGGCCUCAAAAGGGCAAGGCAAUGCACCUACAUCCGCUCCUCAGUUACGCCCAGCAGGUACAAAUCAGGUAAUCAGAGGUGAUGUGCAGUACACUCAGAAAUAAAUGGAUUGAGCUAGUUUUUCAUAAAUGCAAGCUAUUCUUGAAAAAGAUGGGCUCUGAUACCAAAGCUGACCAAAUUCUUCAGAAGCCUUACGCCUUUAUCACCCAGAGCAUAACGAAGAUAUAUAAUGUAGAAGGCAAGGGCCUGAUGAAGUGGUUAACUGAUGAGUUCCCCUUGGACGGUAGUUCACAUGAUAACAUCACCAGCUGAAAGGAAAAAUUUAAAGUCAUGCUUUCACUUGAUAUUUGGAUCGAUAAGUUAGCUCAAUGGCAAGUCAGCGGUUACAAGCUAGAGAUGCCCAAGAGAGAAGGUGUUGAUUCUCUCAGAUGGAACAAAAUCCUUAGUGAGAAGUUGAAGCAGACUUUGAAAGCUACUAUUGCAGCUCGCAGACCAACUGAACCUCAACCUUCUCGUCCGGCUAUGUGUCCACAAGAAGAAAUGUACAUAAAAGAUAAGGAGCCUCCUAAAAGAAAGUACUGAAAUAUGCCCAAACAGACCAAUAGAACUAUGGAAGAUCCUGAUGCUUGUCGUCAACUGAAGCAGAAAUAAAUACAGUGAAUCUCACUUGGAGAUUCAGAAUGAGAGCCUCAUUUCAACAGAGAAGGCAAGUGAUAAUUCUUCGAUUGUCAGAAUCCAAAAGCAACCAAUUCAAAAGCCAAGUAUUGAUAUGGGAGAGUUGUUCAAUAGUAUCGAAGCUCUCAAGAAGAAAGUUUGAGAUAAACUAGAAGAUGAAUCUAAUAAGAAUGUCAUCCACCUUAGCCAACUUAACAGUAACUGAAUAUGCGUAACCCAGUGAAUAAGUUAUAUUGAGGAGAUCAAUUCACGAGCGCCUAAGAUCAUCCAGAACUGAUUGAAUAAUGUCCAGAAACAUGGGAAGGGUACCCUUAGGUACACUCCAAUCAAGCCUGAAAUAUAUACAAGCAAGAUUCCAUUGAAGAAACCUCAGUAGGGUAAAUACAGCUUAACCUUAAUUAAUCUUAAAUUUUGAAAUAU